AUGACCCUCUUCCGAAGCAUCUUCAUCCCAGCAUUCAUAGCAUUAGCUGCCAUUGCCUUAUUCCAAACCCGUUUCAAGGACACAGCUACUUCUACCUUUGAGGUAUUAAAGACUCUUACACCUCUAUCUUACAUCUACAGCGACAAAAUCAUCGACCAAGAGAAGGACACUCAACACCUUUACGCCACCGAAAUGUCUGUCCAUCGAUCUAUUCGCAAGGUCUUCCUUGCCAUUGAGCAAUCUGAGGGUGCUGGUGCUCGCGUUCGUCGAUCAAUUGGUACCCCUCAGCUCCGCAACUUUUCUCCUUUCCUGAUGCUCGACCACUUCUCUGUCAAGCCUGGUGCCGGAUUCCCUGACCAUCCUCACCGCGGUCAAGAGACUAUUACUUACCUCCUUGAGGGUGGUAUGGACCAUGAGGAUUUUGCUGGUAACCGAGGCACUCUCUCCGCUGGAGACCUUCAAUUCAUGACUGCUGGAAAAGGUAUCAUGCAUGCUGAGAUGCCCCAGCAGAACGCUGACGGCAGCGCCAAUGUUGGUCUUCAACUCUGGGUCGAUCUUCCCAAGGAGCUCAAGGCCUGUGAACCCCGCUACCGCGAUCUCAAGGCCGCAGAGAUCCCCGUCGCCAAGAUUGACGAUGACAAGGUCACCGUAAAGGUCAUCUCCGGCCAAAGCCACGGUAUCGACUCAGUCAAGGACCUCGCCUACACACCCGUCUGGUUCCUCGACAUUGAGAUCAAGCCCGGUGGCAAGAUCACUCAGCCUCUGCCUCCCAACUGGAACGCUUUUGCCUACACCCUUGAGGGACAGGUUAUCGUUGGCAAGGAUGACCAGAAGCGUGUUGUUGAGCAAUACCACAACAUUGUUUUUGAGCCUGAGGGCGAAGUUGUUCACUUUGAGGUUGAUGCCGGUGCAGAGAAGUCUGCUCGAGUAGCUAUCAUCGCUGGUACGCCCCUGGAUCAGCCUGUUAUUCAGUACGGUCCUUUCGUUCUUACUUCCAAGGAGGAUGUUGCCAAGGCUUUGUUUGAUUACCAGACACACUCCAACGGCUUCGAGCGAGGUGAGAACUGGGAAAGUGAGAUUGGAAAGUCCAUGUCGGGUUAA